AGAUUCGCUCUACGGCACGGCGUUGCCGAAUUUUCCGUGUACCAGGGCAAAUGGGACGAUGCGAUCAGAGGCUUUGAAAGGGAUAUCGUCCCCAUGUGCAACGGCCUUGGUGUUGCGCUGGCCCCUCGCCGCGCAGUUGGGCGAGUCUGGAGAAGUAGGAGCAGCCGAAGCAGUAGCGUGUUCACAUCUACGCGAUCGACGUGGCUUUUGGUCCCGGAUGAAUGGCAUUCUCAUUUACUAGCUGAGGACGCUUCCGUACAGCUACUCAGUUCGCUGAGCGUGAGAAAAAAACGCAACAUAAAGAUCUGGGCUAACUGGGCGCGGAUGCAGGAGGAGAGGGCGGCCGAUGCGGCACGGGAGAAGAUGGGUGAGGAUGAAUUUGGGUGCGCAUCGAUCGCGCGGAUGGAAUUGGAACAUGGUAUGAAAAAGAGACCCAAUUUCUUUCCCUUUGCCUUCGUGAGCAGGAUCAGGCAAUUGGAAGUCAAUAGCAAGCCCUAA